AUGGCUUCCAACAGCCUUUUCUCCCUGGAUCAGUUACUGGCGUUUGUGGGAGUUCUGAGUCUUCUCUGGUUCCUUCUCAAGGCUGCUUUAAAUUUUGGAUGGAAGGUAAGGACGUACCUGCUAUCUGAGGUGUGGAGAGGGGUACAUCUGGCCUCCUAUGGACCUUGGGCAGUGGUAACCGGAGCCACGGCCGGAAUAGGAAAAGCCUAUGCUCACGAACUUGCUAGGAGGGGCCUUAAUAUAGUUCUCAUUAGCCGCUCCCUGGAAAAACUGAAGCAGGUGGCCGCUGAAAUUGAAGAGCAGCAUGGCCGAAGAACCAAGGUGAUCCAAGCAGAUUUCACUCACAGCUCAGAAUUCUAUGAGCCAAUCCGAGCCUCUUUGCAGGGUCUGGAGAUUGGCAUUCUGGUGAACAAUGUCGGUAUAGGCUUUGAUCAUCCCAAGAAUUUUCUUUCAGUAGACACGAAUGUAUGCGACAUGGUGCAUUGCAACAUGCUUUCAACUGUAAAGAUGACACAGAUCCUCCUUCCUCAGAUGGUUGCCAGGAAGAAAGGAAUAAUCAUAAACAUGUCAUCUGUAGCAGGCCGGCGCCCCUUUCCAAUGCUAACUGUGUACAGUGCCACCAAGGCCUUCGAUGAUUUCUUUGCACAAGGUUUGGACAUGGAAUACCGCUCCCAAGGCAUCAUUGUGCAGAGUGUCCUGCCCUUCUUUGUUGAUACCAAUAUGACCAGCCAGUGCAGCAAAUGGUACAUGGCAGCCGCAGAGACCUUUGUGCGCAAGGCCCUGAACACUGUGGGUAUCGCCCGCAGAACCUCAGGUUGUCUCAGCCACAGUUUCCAGUACUUCUUUGUAAAGGAGUUUUUCCCAGACUGGUUGCAUUUAUCAUCGCCAGGAACGACGUUUGUCACAUUCUUUUGGAAACAGCUGAUGUACAAAUAGCUGGUGUUCUUGGAAUUUCCAGAGGCGAAGGUGAAGCUCAAGGUGGCUGGAAACGCAGAGGUUGGUUGGACAACUUUCUAACAACCUGAUCUCGGAGCACAUGAUAUGCAAGUAUUCCCCCGUGGGCCUCCAUUUCAAGCAGUGUGCUUGGGGUGUCUGCAGUCCAAGAGGCCCUUUCGUUCUCCCCCAGACUGCUUUUCACAUCAGGAGUUUUAUCUGAAGGCAAGAGCAGAGGUUUGAUUCUUCCUGUAGACUGAUUCCUGCUGAUGAAGAAAGGAAAGUACUUGGCGUGCUCUUUGUUACGUUAUCCCUUUCCUGGUGUAAUGUGUUCUAUUAGAUUGUAAGCAUGGCUUUUUUUCUGGGAAAAGAGGUGGUGGA